AUGGAGUGCUUGACCCGCAUCAUUCCGAAGGCCAACCUGCCGAACCUCAAGAAGUACAAGUUCCAAUCCGGCGCCACGACAUGCUUGGACGCGCUGAUUAACCGCUUCUGGUGGACUCCCGUCGCCCAUAUGCUGCCCAGGUUCGUAUCCCCCAACGUGGUGACCUUGAUGGGCGGAUUCUGCAUCUUCGUCACGAACUUCUGCAUCUUCACGUACAUGCACCGCCUCGAGAGCAGCACCGCCCCCACGUGGAUGCCGCUGCUGGCGUCGGUGAUGACCCUGCUGUACCUGACGUUCGACGGAAUCGACGGGAAGCAGGCCAGAAAGCUGGGCAUGAGCUCGCCCCUGGGGCAGUUGCUGGACCACGGCCUCGACGCCGUAGUGACGGUCUUCUACCCGUACAUCUGCUGCACGCUCUACCCCGGCGGCUUCACGUUCAUCACCCUCCUCCUGGUGGCGAUAGCGCCGAUCCACGUCUUGUGCACCGUCUGGCGUGAGAGCGAGUUCGAGACCUUCGAGUACACCAACGGCGUGCUGGGCGUCACGGAGGCCAACCUACUGGCCAUCGCGCUCCAGGCGGUCCACUACUACGUGCGCCCACACUUCGGCGUGAAGGUGGCGACGCUCUUCGGCGGCCACCCGCUGUUCGCCUUCCUGGGGGCCUACUUCCCGCGCGUGCACGAGCUCCACAACGCCAUGAUAUACCUCAUCCUGGCGGUCGCGUACUCCGAGGGCAUGUGCGGCGUCUUGGGGCUCGCCUACCGCACCAGCUACCGCCUGCAGUACCUGGCGUUCAUGCUCUCGGCGUUCGUGCACUCGUACUCGGCCUACUACCUCGUGUACACGCUCCCGGCGCAGUCGCGCGUGGCCGGCUGCAUUUUCGCGUCCAUGUUCGUCGCCGCCGUCUGCGUGAACAACAUCGUGUGCCUGCUCUCCAAGUCGCCGAUGCGCUGCGUGCACUGGGGGCUGCUGCCGCAGUACAUGCUCCUGCUGCAGUACUACGGCGUCGGCCUGCUCAGGGACUACGGACUCGUCCUGGAGCCCGCGGCGUUCCACCGGGUGCUGCUGGCCGCCGCCGUUUACGGCACCGUGUACCUGGUGUACGUGUUCGUGAAGACCAUCUGCGAGAUCACGGAGUACCUCCAGAUCCCAGUGCUGACCGUCCCGGCCUCGGUCCGCCGGGCCAAGGCGGAGUAA